GGGCUGGAUCCUCGCAGUAUUUUGUCGACGUCAGUUGUACAGAAAGUGAAAUUAUUUUGUGUGCAGCGGAGUAGCGACAGUCCAACAGUAACAUUUCAAAGGAACAUUGAUUUAAAAGACAACAAGCCAAAGAUGUCCUGCGGCAGACCUGUUCAUGUGGAGAACCCACACCUGGAUACACUGAAAGAUGACAUCCUCUACCACUUCAGUCUCGGAACAGGAACUCAUGACCUACCAGCUAUGUUUGGUGAUGUCAAAUUUGUGUGUGUUGGGGGCAGCCCAACAAGAAUGAAAGCAUUCAUUGAGUACAUUGCUUGUGUGCUCGGUAUGGAAGACCCCAAAUCGGAGUACCCAAAUAUCUGUGCUGGAACAGACCGCUAUGUCAUGUACAAAAUUGGCCCUGUACUCUCCGUCAAUCAUGGCAUGGGCGUUUCAUCUAUUGCCAUAAUGUUGCAUGAGUUAAUAAAACUCCUCCAUCAUGCACGUUGCACAGAUGUUACAAUUAUACGCAUUGGGACAUCAGGUGGAAUUGGGCUUGAGCCUGGCACUGUUGUUGUUACCAAACAGCCUCUGGAUGACACCCUCCAACCCAGGUAUGCGCAGGUGAUCCUGGGGAAGACGGUGGUGCGCAAUACUGAUCUGGACCAAAGCCUGGCUGAGGAGCUGUUGCAGUGCAGCAAGGAGCUGAACCAGUUUGAGACAGUGAUAGGCAACACCAUGUGUACACUGGAUUUCUAUGAAGGGCAAGCCCGCUUGGAUGGUGCUUUCUGCCAAUACACUGAGAAGGAUAAACAGGACUACCUGAGAAAAGUCAAAGACGCAGAAAUCUGCAACAUUGAAAUGGAGUCAACAGUUUUUGCGGCUAUGUGCAAGAUGAGUGGUCUACGAGCGGCUGUGGUUUGCGUGACGUUACUGGAUCGGCUGAAGGGGGAUCAGCUCACCAGCUCUCAUGAAUGUCUUGUCAGUUACGGAGAACGUCCUCAGAUACUGGUUGGCUACUAUAUUAAGAAGCAGCUGAAAGCCAAAGCAGCAGCUAAAUAAGAGCAAAAGUCAUACACUGGUUUGCAGACUACAUCAAAUUCUGGGUAUUUUCUCUUGAUGUAUGGAUGCACUCCUGCUCAGCAUUAGCUUGCUUUCAAUGUAUACAGAAUAAUCACUGAAAUUAUGCACUUCCUUCUGUUUAUCCUUUGAUAAACAUCAGUCAUGACAAUAAACCAUCAUGGACUGAGUUUCACUUUUGUAUUCUUUUGUAUUUUUUUUAAACCAUUUAACUGAACCUUGAAUGUAAUAUAAAAGCAUGGUCAUCAAAUAUUCUUUUUUAAGGCCGCCUCUGUUUUAUACAACAUAUAAAGUUCUUUAUCUGUAAAGCUUGAACCAGAAUCACCAUACUCUCAUUAUUGAAAUGUUCCUUGUUUCAUUAAUGCUAACAAAAUAAAUCUGACAUUGCUAAAUGUGUGUCCUUGUGAUGUCAUUACUUGGUGCACAACUCUGCAAACAUGUAUAUGUAUUUCAGAAUCAAAAAACUAACAAAUUGUCACUCAUUUUGAGAGAAAGAAAUUCAACUUGAUGUUCAAUAAAGCCUUGUGCCACCUGA